UUGUCAACUCGUCAGGUUAGGUUUUUUUCUAAGAUGACGUCAUCAGUGUCAUCAUAGACGUCAAAAUAUUUUAUUUUUAUUAAAAAAAAUAAAAAGGGAUUCUUGUGAUAUUUUAAACAGAACUAUAGGACUUUCUUCUUUCUGAUAAUUCAACUGAUCAAAAUGGGUGACCAAUUUGACUGUGCCCUAGACCUCAUGCGAAGGUUACCACCUCAACAAAUCGAGAAAAACCUAAGUGACCUGAUUGAUCUAGUGCCAAGUUUAUGUGAAGAUCUUCUUUCAUCGGUAGACCAACCUCUUAAAAUUGCUAAAGAUAAAGAGACUGGCAAGGACUAUGUAUUGUGUGAUUAUAAUCGAGAUGGUGACUCUUAUAGAUCUCCCUGGUCCAACACAUAUUAUCCACCUCUGGAUGAUGGUCAAAUGCCCUCAGAGAGGCUGAGAAAACUAGAGCUUGAAGCCAAUAUGGCCUUUGAUCAGUAUAGAGAAAUGUACUUUGAGGGAGGUGUUAGCUCAGUGUAUUUUUGGGAUUUAGAUCAUGGUUUUGCAGGUGUUAUCUUAAUUAAAAAAAUCGGAGACGGUAGUAGAAAAAUUAAGGGCUGCUGGGACUCCCUACAUGUGGUGGAAGUCCAAGAAAAGAGUUCUGGAAGAAUGUCACAUUAUAAAAUGACCUCAACUGCCAUGCUUUGGCUUCAAACCAAUGAGGCUGGUUCCGGUACUAUGAAUUUGGGUGGCAGUUUGACCAGACAGAUAGAACAAGAUGCGCCAGUAAAUGAAAACAAUCCGCAUAUAGCCAAUAUAGGAAGAAUGGUUGAAGAGAUGGAAAAUAAAAUAAGGAAUACCUUAAAUGAAAUUUAUUUUAGUAAGACUAAAGAUAUUGUUAACAGUUUAAGAUCGGUACAACCCUUAGCGGAGAGCAGGAAAAAGGAUAUUCUCAAACAAGAAUUAGCGGCGGCGAUGCAAAAGAGGCAUAACAAAUCUGAUAACUGAUGCCUUCAGAUCUUUGAGAUCAAUUGUGGAAAAGAUGUAUAAAUUGUGCAUUUUGAUCUUUUAUCAUGAAAGUGUUAUUUAUUAUUCAGAAAGAUAGAUAGGUCGCUUCUAUAGGCUUAGCUGAACUGAAUUUUUGACAUUAUUGGUGCUCUAAAAGUAAUGUCCCUAAAUUAAUUGGCCUUUUUGGCAUUUACUAUUGUAUUUUUUUUUAUUUACUUUUUUUUACUAAAAACAUUAAUAACGUAAUGUUUGAAAAUAUUGCCCCAACUUUUUUUAAUGAAGUAUUAUAAUAAUAAUUAAUAUAAAUUAGUCCUUAAGUAAAAUAAUAUGUAAAAUAAAAACAUCUUUUAAAUGA